UCAGAGGGUCCAACUAGCGUCUCACUGGCCAUACAACCAGCAACUCUCUUACAGAAUGGAACAUUAUAUGUCAAAAAAGGCUCAGAUGUGUAUUUUAACUGCUCCAGUGAGUCUUUUCCCUCACAAAACUUGACAUGGACUGUUGAAGAUUUGGCGCUGGACAGUUAUGACAGGGUGUCUGGGAACAAAUCGUUCCUUGAGUUCUCCAUAACAAACAUCCAACCGAGCGAUCAAGGGAUGUACAGCUGUACAUCCCAGAAUACACUCUCCAAGACAACUGCGAACAAGAGACAGGAGCUGCUAGUUUACUAUGCUCCGGAGAGUCAUCCAGAGUGCAGUUGGGAGAUCGUAAACGAGCCAUUGGAUGUCUUGUUCAUAUGUAGCUGGCAUGGAGGUUACCCUGUGCCCACUCUGGACUGGCAUGAGGUCCUUGAAGAACAUGUAAUAGCCAAGGGUCCCACGGUCAACUCCACAUCCCAGGAGACAGAACGUUUGGAGGUCCAUGUGAAUGGGUUUAUAUUGCAGAGUGGAGAGGAAGUGAAGUGUAUUGGACAUCAUGUGACUGGAGUGGAGAAUUCCUGCUCCUUUAAGCUCAGUAAGACCAUUUUUUCUAUAGGACUACAGUUUUUAUUUUGUUCCUUUGAUUUUAUGCAAAAUGUGAUAGACAUGUUUUAAUGAGAUUUACCUUCCGUGUUGUUUUACCUUUCUCAGUGUAUUGAUUUUUUUUUUCAG